ACGCACUCACAAGUCGCACAGGCAGCGCUGCUCUCCUCAUACCGCUGCCGGACUCUAAGAAACCACUCGGAAAUUAUCCGUUUCCUUUUACGAGGUCGCUGGAUGAUUUAUCUCAAAGUGAAAGCAGAAGGUUCUGGAGCAAUGAUGUCACAGUAAUGUCACAGAGCUGAAGUAGAGGCCGUCAUUGACAAUAUGGAGUCAGCGGAGAGGCUGGUGACCCCGAGAGCUGCAGCAAACCCGGAAACCUCACUGACAACAACACACAGCAAGAUCGGUCAUUUGUUCCAAAUGGUUGGAAAUCAGGGUUUGGGAAUUGCUUCAUUUUCCGGUGCCUUUCCCAUGAUCCAUCACCCAGUCUUCAGUCUGCACUCCUCUUCUCCUGUCCGCUCUGAGUUCGGAGGUCUGGGAACUCUGGGAAUGUCGGCCGCUCUGGCUGCCCGCUCUCAGCUCGGAGCUGUACCAGAUUGGUGGCGUUCUGCAGACGCUCAGGGUCAAGGGUCAGUGGCCUUUUUUCCUCAUCUUCUGGGUCUGCCGGCAUUAUUCAGCGCACCGUUCCUGAACCAGGAGCAAACCAUGCUUCAGUCUCAUGCUGCCAGACGCACUCCUGUGAAAGGGCUGAAUGGCUCAGUCAAUGGAAUGGCGACGAAAUCAAGCUCGGCCUCCUCCACACCCUCUCCAGUCCUCAUCCCUCCAGAUCAAACCAAGAGCCUGAAAACCAGCCCAAAACCAGCACUAAACCAACUAGAGGAGAAAACUAGAUACAAAACAAAAGACGAGAAGCUGUGCAGCAAAGUGCCAGAUGUCUCCAUCAACAGCGACAGCCAAUCAGCAUCCAGCUCUGACAGCUCUAGUGAUGCUCUUAGCAGCUCUGACUCAGACGACCUGGAGGAUGUUGACGAUGACGACGACGAUGAUAAUGAUGAUCAGAGUGAUGAUAGUGUCGACUCGGAAAAGUGCGGAAAAGAUCCGAAAGGUAUCCGAAAGGAGGAAAUGCACAGAGACAGGAAGAAGAACCGGAACACUGUAGGGCAGGAUAAGCUGGACGUCCGGGGUUUGCUUUUGUCUCAGCCGCCAUUGCACAUCCAGGCCUUGAGGUCCACAGAGGAGCCCAGCAAACACACCGGUGUCAUCCAGACCACAGGUCUAGCAGCCAGCGCAAAACCGCUUGCACUAGUCACGCAGCAGCGCAGGGACAGAGAUGCACCGUCCCCUAAAGAUCUUCCCCUGCCCUCUCCAAAACCACCUCUGUCUCUGUCUUCCUCUCCCACACUGCCCUCCUCCAGAUCUGCUCCUUUGAAGACAUGCAAGAAUUACCUCGACAACGUCAGCAAACUCAGACAGUCAUCACUACCUCAGGCCUUUCCUCCACCGCUGAGAGGUGCACAGGAAUCACAGAGCAGCCAGAAACAUCCAUUUAACAAUCCGUUCCUCCCCUCACUUCCUACUGAGAACCACCAUCCCGGCGCGGUGCAGGACGCUCCUCUGGCCCUCAUCACCAAACCUCGCUCCCAGAGCACACGCGCCCCUGAUAAACCACUGCUGGCCGCCACCAGCCCCGCGUUUAACAUUCCCAUCAACCUCACCAGCACGGGUCGCACCUCCACCUCGCCUGGUCUGACUCCCAGAGCAGCCCGAGGGAAGGGCUGUCAAAUAGGGCGGAGGACGCUGAAGAGAGAGAGACCCUCAUUGGUGGAGCACUUCAGGGGGUCGGAGUCUGAGCUCCCCGACAGCAAAGACUCUGAUGACUUGUUAAUGGAGGACGAGGAUGAAAAUGUUGCUUCAAAUGACAGUCUCUCAGACUCUGACAGCAAUUUAGACACUGAUUCUGAUGAUGAUGAUGAUGAUGGUAAAGAUGAAGAGAUGGACACAGAUUUAGAAAUCGACAGAAUGCCACUCAAACUCACCAAAUCCUCAACAUCUGUGCUAGACUCCUCCCACAGCACUAGCCCCGCCCCUCUCAAUCUGCAGGUUCCUAAAACACCUGCCACAACCACACCAGCCACUGUGACCAGCUAUGGGAAUUCAGCCAAUGACAGCUCAGCUUUGUCGUCUUACAGUGUGGCCACACCACCAGGGAAAAGGAGAAGAGUCACAGAUGAAUGUGCACUGCGGAAACCUCUACAAUAUGGAUGGCAGAGAGAAACGCGCAUCACAAACAUGUCUGGGCGUUUGCGGGGAGAGGUGGUGUAUUACGCUCCAUGCGGCAGAAAGCUCAGACAGUAUCCUGAUGUCAUCAAGUAUCUGACCAGUAAUGGGAUAAGCAACAUUACACGUGAUCAUUUUAGCUUCAGUGCUAAAAUCAAGGUUGGUGACUUCUAUGAAGCCAGAGAUGGACCGCAGGGGUUACAGUGGUGCUUACUGAAGGAGGAGGAAGUGGUUCCUCGUAUUCUGGCAAUGGAAGGUCGACGGGGUCGUCUCAAGAAUCUUGACGCUCUGGGUAAUCGUGCCACUGACUCCGCUCGCUCUCGCCGGAAAGCCAGAGCGCCUGACGAGGGUGAAGCCGAUGCUCUCAGCACCUCUGAGGCCAAACUACUGCGCAGACUGGAGGCCCAGGAAAUCGCGCGGCAGGCGGCUCAGAUGAAGCUGAGGCGUAAGCUGGAGAAGCAGGCGCUGGCACAAGCGGCCAAAGAGGCCAGGAGACAGCAAGCAAUCAUGGCAGCAGAAGAGCGGCGGAAACACAAGGAACAAAUGAAGAUUCUGAAACAGCAGGAGAAGUUCAAGAGAAUCCAGCAGGUCCGUUUGGAGAAGGAACUCCGUGCUCGGCAGAUUUUGGAGGCUAAAAGAAAAAAGAGAGAAGAGGUUGCAAAUGCUAAAAUACUAGAAGCUGAAAAACGAAUAAAGGAGAAGGAGCUGCGCAGACAGCAGGCCAUCAUCCUGAAGCACCAGGAGUUGGAGAGACAUAGACUAGAUAUGGAGCGGGAGAGACGUCGGCAGCAUGUGAUGUUGAUGAAGGCGAUAGAGGCCAGGAAGAAAGCUGAGGAGAAAGAGCGACUGAAACAGGAGAAACGAGAUGAGAAACGACUGAACAAGGAGCGCAAACUGGAGCCCAGACGGCUGGAGCUGGAGAUGGCCAAAGAGCUGAACAAACCCAAUGAAGACAUGUGUCUGUCUGACCACAAGCCUCUGCCGGCGCUGUCAAGGAUAGCGGGUCUGCUGUUGCCGGGAGGAUGUUUCUCAGACUGUCUAAUGGUCAUGCAGUUCCUGCGCUGUUUUGGAAAGGUACUGGGGUUUGACCUCAGUGCUGACGUCCCGUCACUUGGCGUGCUGCAGGCAGGGCUGCUGAAUGUGGGCGACAGCAUGGGCUUCAUCCAGGACCUGCUGGUGCGCAUGCUGUCUGCUGCUGUUUGUGACCCAGGACUCCCUGCAGGACACAGGGCUAAGACGGCUCUGGGAGACCAUGUGACUAACCUCGGCCUGAACCGGGACAAUGUGUCCGAGGUGCUGCAGUUCUAUAUGGAAGCUCACUGUGGACAGACUGAACUAGAGCCUCUGGCUGAGAGCUUAAAGACCAAAGCCUUCCAGGCCCACACGCCAUCUCAAAAAGCCUCCAUACUGGCCUUCCUGGUCAAUGAGCUGUCCUGCAGCAAGAGUGUGGUCAGUGAGAUCGACAAAAACAUUGACAAUAUGACUAACCUGCGACGAGAAAAGUGGGUGAUUGAGGGGAACCUGCGGAAGCUGAGAAGCAUCUAUGCUAAGAGGACGGGAAAGCGGGAGAGCAGCGUUGGAGGAGAGGAGGCUCAGUUCGCCGGUGCGUCUGUGAACAGUCGUAAACGCAAGCGCAAAGGAGGAGAGAGUGACGAAGAUGAUGAGGAAGACGAUGACAGCGAUGAACAGGGAGAGGAGGAUGAGGAUGAAGACGAUUUUUGUGGGAAGAAAGGGAAGAAAGCCGAGGCAUGUGAAGAUGAGGACGAAGGUGAUCAAAUCACAAGCACUGAAGAGCUGGAGAGGCAGAUCGAGAAGCUCAGCAAGCAGCAGACUCAGAUCCGUCGGAAGCUCUUCGAGGCCUCUCAUUCCCUGCGCUCCGUGAUGUUCGGUCAGGACCGUUAUAAACGACGCUACUGGGUUCUGCCGCAGUGUGGCGGGAUCUUUGUGGAGGGACUGGAGAGCGGAGAGGGUCCAGAGGAAUUGCAGAGAGAGCGUGAGAGGAUGAAGAACGCUCACCUCGUCCAGGUCAAAGAGGAGCCGACAGAAGAGCCUGAUGAAAAAUGCGGCACCGCUGAGACGAAACCUCCGCAGGAUGUAGAUUCUCUCAACCUCUUCCUGCAGAGCCCGGACUCUUUCUCCAAGCUCAGCAAGCUGUUGGAAGUGGCCAAGAUGUCUUCUGAGGUCUCUUGUCACCAAUACAAUAGCCCAAAACAGCAGACUACGUUACCCAGAAGUCCUAAUCAUGAUGUUAAACCUGAUCUCCACAACACCACCUACCUCACUAACGCCCAGCAGCAGAUCCGUAACGAGCAGCUUUACAAGGUUCUGACAGAGAGAAACACUCACUGGUUCAGUCUGCUGCCUCGCUCUCCAUGUGACGUCUCGUCUCUGACUGAAGGUCCACAUUCAGCUUCAUCUUCCUCACCACAAACCACAGCGGUCUCUGCCGGCCCCUACAGCGCUGCGGGGAUCAAUAACUUUUCAUUAGCAGCACUGCAGAUGAGGUCCGGCGUGCCCAUGAUAGAUCUGCCCUUCUGUGUUUGGUCCAGUGGAAAUUUGAGUCCAGACAUGAUGUUCUCUGGGGUUUCCAUGGCUCAGAUUCUCAGUGGUGUUCACCCAUCCUCAGAGGGCAGUGGAAACCUGAAUGACAGCAAGAGUGAUUCCCCAGAGUCUCCAGCGGAGAAACCCCUCUCCACACCCUCACCUGUGAUCGAGGUGCAUAAAAACCAGGAUUACCCAUCACCUCAACCUAUUCCUGAAGAGAUGUUGACUGGCUGGUGGAAGGUGACGGACAUCGAGGAGUUACGAUCCAUAGAGAAAGCGUGCCAUUCCCGAGGGAUCCGAGAGAAACAGCUGCAGAAACAGCUGCAGAAACACAUGGAUUACAUCGGGCAGGUCUGCAGCAGGAACAGAGAUGUCUCUGUGAUCGACGUCUCUGAGCUGGAGGAGAAUCAGGUCUCUGAGGACACUGUCCAGAGCUGGUGUGUGGAAGAACAGGCCAUGGACAUGGACAUCGGUGUCCUGCAGCAGGUCGAGGAACUGGAGCACAAAGUCUCCUCAUCCAGUCUGCAGGUUAAGGGCUGGAUGCAUCCAGUGCCGCAGUCACAGAGUGAAGACCUGGUGUAUUACGAGCACAAACCUGUCAUGGAGAACUGCGAAGACAGGAGUGACUGUGGCAUCGUGCGUCGAGCAAACAACCCUCUGGAUAUAGCAGUGACGCGUCUGGCAGAGCUGGAGAGGAACAUUGAGCGAAGGUACCUGAAGAGCCCUUUAAGCAGCACCAUUCAGAUCAGACUGGAUAACGUGGGAACGGUCUCAGUACCGGCCCCUGCGCCAUCACCUGAUAAAGCUGAUGGUGACGGGGCUGAGGAAGAUCUGGCUCCAGGAUUGAAACAGUGGCGUAAAGCUCUCGGCGAGGUGCGCAGUGCCAGUCAGCUCUCUCUAUGCAUACAGCAGCUGCACAAGUCCAUCGCCUGGGAGAAAUCCAUCAUGAAAGUGUACUGUCAGAUCUGCUGUAAGGGGGACAACGAGGAGCUGCUGCUGCUGUGUGAUGGAUGUGAUAGAGGCUGCCACACGUACUGCCAUAAACCCAAGAUCACCACCAUACCAGACGGAGACUGGUUCUGCCCGGCCUGCAUAUCCCAGGCGAGCAGUCAGUCCCUGAAGACCAAGAAGCCUUUGGACCGCUCAAGCGGAGGCCUGAAGAAACCUGCUGAGGCCAAACGGCACAAGAAACCAUCUGUGGCCGGAGACUCAGAGGACGAUUCGGGCAGCGCCAACAGCACGCCCAGAAAAGUGUUAAAGGAAAUAAAAAAGAGGAAGACCGAGGAGAAUCCUUCCACUAACCCGGCAAAGCAGGAGAGUCCCAAAACAGCCAGAGACGACAGUAAAGACCUGGCCAUGUGCAGAAUACUCUUGGCUGAGCUGGAAAGCCAUCAGGACGCCGGACCGUUUCUGACACCCGUCAACCCCAAAUCUGUCCCGGGGUACCGCAAGAUCAUCAAGAAACCCAUGGACCUCUCUACUAUCAGAGACAAACUCACCAACAGCCAGUACUUGAAUCUUGAGACUUUUAUCAUUGACGUGAACCUGGUGUUCGAUAACUGUGAGAAAUUCAACGAGGAUAAUUCAGUCAUCGGCCGAGCGGGACACACGAUGAGAUGGUUUUUCCAGAGGAGAUGGACCGAGCUGUUGAGGCAGAACUUCCAGAAACCGGGUCUCAGCACAUGAGAGCAGUACAGAUGCAUUUACACCACGAUUCACACCUGCUUUGCUUUGUUAAAGGACAACUGUGAGAACAUGAACGUUUUCCAAAAUAACCAGUAAAUGUUUGUUUGUUUUGUUUUGUUUUUUAAAUAAACGUUAAUAUUAUAGUGAAUGUACUGUAUUUAAUUAGUUUUUAAUUAUUUAUAACUAAAAAGGUCUUCACUUUCUAUGAAAAAGAGGCAAAACUGCUUUAAAAAUCUCAAUGAAUGUGUUUUCUUUAUCAGAUAUUAAAAAAAAAAUUCUGAGCUCCUAGAGAACAGAAGAUCCAUUAUUGGUUACAUUAUAAAGCUGCAUUUAUGUAAAUGUGUAUGUUUGAAAUCACAAAACACAGUCCAUCGUGACAUAUACAACGACUGUUAAUUUUUAAUAUCGGUUCUGAAUAUUGUAUUCUGUGCACACAAGACUCCAGCAUCGUUUAUGCCUUUUUAAUAGCUGUAUCUUUUCAUGGGUUUUAAUAUGGCACUUUCUGAAAAUAACAGUGCCUUUCAGAAAUCCACAAUUUUUACAACUUCUCAAACCUUCAAUCUAUUCCGAUGCACAAACAUUCAUCCAGUGUUUGCUGGAAUUUUUACACCAUUAUUGCUAUUGCUCAUAUACGAUGCAACAAUAAAACCGAUGGGAAAAAACCUCCAAACCAUGUCUAGAAAUCAGAAAUGGUCUUUUUUGACAUAGCAAACAGUCUUGCAUUGUGGCGGCCAAUUUUGCACGUGCAAAAAAAGUGCUGUUGCAAUAAAGCAAUCUAGUUUACAUGAUAAUUAUUCUAAUGAACUGCAGUGGUUUUUAUGGUACUAAAGUCAGAAUACUUGAAUUCUGCUGUGUGAAGAUAUUGCAAUGAAGGUGUAGCGUUCUGUUUUGUAGGAGUUUUAUUUUUCUCUAGUUUGUGUCG